AAAAAAAAGACGAAGACGAGUUUAUUGUAAAGAACGAUACUUGGAAUACAACGGUGACAUAGUCGGGAGACUUAAACGAGGAUCAUGGUCAGAAGACACAUCCUAAUCGCUGUGCUCUUGCAGUGUUUUGUUUCUGUGGUCGACAACAAAGACCUAUUCAGUGGGCACACAUCAAAACCCUCCAAGUACUCCAUUGUAAAUCCUCAAGUGGUUCACAGAUGGACGAGGAGCAUCAACAGACCGGCACAAUCAAAAGAAGAAAAUGGAGAUGAGACAGUUUCAUAUGCACUUAAUAUUAACAACAAAAGGCACAUUCUUCACCUAAAAAAGAACAGGGACUUCUUGCACCCUAAAUUUGUCCAGUAUUCACGUGGUGCCGCUGGCGAAUACAACUCGUCAUAUUCAAGACAACACGUGCAUUGCUAUUAUCACGGAGACGUGGAAGGAUAUGAGAACUCUGCGGUAGCGCUUAGCACAUGCUCUGGCCUCAGGGGUGUGAUCCUCCUUGGAAAUGAAACCUUUGGACUUGAGCCUGUGCCACAGUCUUCCACCAAUGACCAUCUUCUGUACCUACUGAAGGACGUUCAGUCGGGGCCCGUCACCUGCGGGGUCGUCAGUGAGGCGGCGGCAGCGCCGAGCCAUGAGCCGUUUGACCCCGGACACUCGCUGACUUCUCUCCUGCGGAGGAAGCGCAACCUACCACAAACGAGUUAUGUGGAGCUGGUGAUGGUUGUUGAUAAUCUCAGGUAUAGAUUUAGGAAAGAAAAUGAAACGGCGGUAAGAGAGGAGAUGGUGGAAAUGGCCAAUCUACUGGAUAUGUACUACAAGCAGCUGAAUAUCCGGAUUGUGCUUGUGGGCCUGGACAUUUUUACGAAUAGUAACCCUUUCGAUGUGGAAGGGUCGGCGGGAGAGGUGUUGGGGAGGUUCGUCAAGUGGAGGAAAGAUUCCCUGUUACCCAGAAUCAGACAUGACGUCGGUCAGCUCAUUGUGGGUCGAUCCGGUCCAUACCCAGGAGGUGUGUUAGGCAUGGCCUUUGUGGGGACGGUCUGCUCGGAAGCGACUUCUGGAGGACUCAACGUGUUCAGUGACAACAGCCUGAAUUAUGUUUCCACUGUCGUGGCCCAUGAGAUGGGCCAUAACCUGGGCAUGAACCACGACAACACACGCUGCAACUGUAAUGGAAGCAGCUGCAUCAUGGGAGCGACUGCUACCGGUUCCACGUUGUUCAGCACCUGCAGUGCAGACGAUUUCGAGUCGCUGGUCAUCCGCGGUGGCGGCGUUUGUCUGAGAAACCCGCCCUCCCCCUCGGACGUCAUUGGCGUUAUUGAAUGUGGCAACGGUCGCCUGGAGGAAGGAGAGCAGUGUGACUGUGGCACACCAGAGGAAUGCGACACCCCGUGCUGCGACCCCUCCACAUGCAUGUUCACAAGAGGGUCCAGCUGUGCCAUGGGAGACUGCUGCGAGAACUGUCAGAUCAAAGUCGGUGGAACGCCCUGCAGAGAGUCUGUCAACACCUGCGACCUCCCUGAAUACUGCACUGGCAGGAGUGAAUUUUGCCCCAAUGACUUCUACGUCAUGGAUGGCCUGCCGUGUCAAAACAAUGCGGCAUACUGCUACGAAGGCCGCUGCCAGACGUACGAAUCCCAGUGCCAACAUUUGUUUAUGCGAGAAAGUGCAAGGAAGGCAGAAGAUAUCUGUUUCCAACAUGCAAAUGUUAUAGGAAACCAAUUUGGGAACUGUGGAAUCAACAGUAACGGAGGAUAUGCGAAAUGCACUGUAGCCAAUGCCAUGUGUGGAAAAGUGCAGUGCACCAACGUGGAUGUGAAUAAGCCCCCUCCUGGCUCCAUAGUCAGCAUCCAGAUAGUUUCGGGGGCAACCUGCGUUAAUGCAGACUUCAACCUUGGCCCAGAUGUGCUCGAUCCUGCCUAUGUUAAUCCUGGCAGCCCUUGCGAUGAAGGAAAGACCUGUGUGGACUUUAAGUGUGUGAACGCUUCCGCUCUGCUGCGCACAGACUUAAACUGUGACACUCAGACCACCUGCCACGGCCGAGGGGUAUGUAAUAACAAAGGGAACUGCCACUGUGAAAAUGGAUGGGCCCCGCCCAACUGUGACAGGUCGGGGCGCGGUGGCAGCAUAGACAGUGGUCCUGCUCAGAUAGACUACUCCCUCAGGGACGGCCUGUUGAUCUUCUUUCUGGCGGUGGUUCCUCUCCUGGUGAUUCUUAUCCUGGUGCUCCUCUUCAUCUUUAAAAGAGAUACCUUGAACCCUUGCCUGAGACAAGUAUCUAAGCGCUCAAAUGCACAGUCAAAUGGCAAUGUUCGAACAGGCGGUACUACCCAGCCUACAAUACAGACGCCUCCUCAAAGGCCAGCAUAUCCACCUCCCACAGCAGUUUCAGUUCCUGGUUUAAGAUAUGGAGAACUGGACUAUUGGGACAAUCCAGAAGCAGAAGCUCCUCAGCAGGGUCCCGGAGUGCCCAGAGCAAUCCCGUCCAGACCAAACCCACCCAGACCAAACCCACCCAGACAGCAACCAUCAUGAUUCCAGCUGUAAAUGGCAUAUUUUCAGUUUUUAUAAUGUAUGGAGUUUAGUGCGCCUCAACUCUGUGCAAAAAUGCAGUUUUAAAAUAUAUUAAUAAUAAUAGACUCACUGACACUUGUACAUAGCACCUUUGUAACAUUGACCGUAUGAUUGUGGUGAUGGAUGAGCCUGAAGAAUAUUUAUGUCAGUUUUGAGUUUUUUGAGGUUCUUGUUUCUUACUUAUUGGAAAUACAUGUACACUGAAGGGAAAAAAAAGAAAAGAAAAGAAAAUCAGUAUUUUAAAGGUUUUAUGAAAUGUGAUUUCUUUGGAUAUUAAUUGUAAUAAAAAAUACAUUUGUGUAAAUA